ACCACUACUCAGGUCUGCUUAUCACUUAACCAACUGUCUUCAUACUUCACUGAAACAUCAUCUAAAGAGACAAUCAUCAAACUCCUCAUGAUGAAGGCUCUCGCAGUUUCUGCUUUGCUCUGUCUCGCCUUUGCAUACAUGACAUCAGCUGCAGUGGUGGCUGUUGAAGAGACACCAGAAGAAGCACAGAACUCUGUACCAGACUCAGAGAUGGCUGAAGUUCCAGAAAAUGACGAUGCAGCUGAUGCAGCUGCACGGAUGUACUGUCCACCUGGCUGGUUCAAUUUUGGAUCCCACUGUUACCAAUAUGUUAACAGUCACAUGACAUGGAUCAAUGCUGAGAAACACUGUGUAAACCAGCAGGCGGCUCUUGCCUCAGUGCGAAACCCAGAUGAAUACCAAUUCCUUCAGAAUCUGGCUCAAAUUGCUGGCAAAUCAACUGCCUGGCUAGGUGGAUUUUAUUUCCAGGGCUCAUGGAUGUGGAUUGACAGAACAGGUUUUAACUACGAGAACUGGCUCUCCCCAGCCAGCACAGCUCACUAUCAAUGCAUAUUCAUGCGCUCAACUGGUGGAUGGUCAAAUACUAACUGUGGAACUUCCUUACCAUUUUUCUGUUCUCGAAACCAAAAUCCUUGUAAUUAAUAAACCUCAGAAUGCCUCAUGGAUCAAUAAACAUGUUUCGUCCUUAA